GGCGCGGCCCGGCCCCGCCGCCGCCGCCCUGAGCUGGCUUCGCGGUUCCUCCCUGCGGCCGCCGCCAUGCCGGGCCGCCGCUGAGGCGCGGCCCCGCAGCGGCCGAGGAAGCGUCCGCUCGGAGAGGAGCAGGGCCCGGGGGAGGGCGGCCCGGCAUGGCCCGUAGCCUGGAGUAGCGCCGCCGACCUUCCCUGCGCUGUGCGGCUGCGGGCGGGCCGAGGCCGCUUCUCGGGAGCGAGGCCCCCGCUGGAGGCGGAGGAGGAGCCAGCGCGGCCCCUCUGACAGGGCCGCCGCGGCCUCCGCGCUGCCGCCGCCGCCGCCGCGCGGCUCCAGGUGGCCCCGGACCAAGGUGACACCCGGCCUGCCCCCGCCCCGGGGCCACCUGCCCCCUCGGCCGGCACGGACUCGGCGCCGCGCUUUCUUCUCACCCCGGAGCCGGCGGCGUGCGAGCGGCUGCGAUGAACCCGGUGAAUGCCACUGCUCUCUACGUUUCAGCGAGCCGCCUGGUGCUCAACUACGACCCUGGGGAUCCCCAGUCCUUUACAGAGAUUAACAAGCUCCUGCCCUACUUCAGGCAGUCCCUCUCCUGCUGCGUUUGCGGAAAUUUGCUACAAGACCCUAUUGCUCCUACCAACUCCACGUGUCAGCAUUAUGUCUGCAAAAGCUGUAAAGGCAAGAAGAUGAUGAUGAAACCGUCAUGUAGCUGGUGCAAGGACUACGAACAGUUUGAGGAGAAUAAGCAGUUAAGCAUCUUGGUGAACUGCUAUAAGAAACUCUGCGAGUACAUAACGCAAACUCCACUGGCCCGAGAUAUUAUCCAAGCAGUUGACUGCUCUGCAGAUCUUUUGGCUUUGCUCAAAGAUGGAUCACCACUCCACGAAGAGACAGAAAAACCUUCUGAUACAGCCUUGGCUUUGUGUUUGACACAUUCUCCAGUACCUUCCACCUCAGAACUCACAGCUGACCCUCCGGCUAGUUUCACAGCAAUCCCUGAAAGCACACACAACAUUGACAUUAGAGGUUCUGUUAUCAACGGGUUGCCCAAUUGUAAUGGGCUUUCGGUAGAUAAACUCGGAGUGAAUAUUUCUUCUCCCGAGCACACAAACACAAUUGAUGUCUGUAGUACUGGAGAGUACAUAAAAACUGAAGAUCUCUCGGGCAGCCUGCAGCCUGUGUGCGACACGGUUUCCACGAGUGACUUGUGCACGACAGGCAUCGACAUCUGCGGUUUCAGUGAAGACAUAAAGCCAGGUGGCUCGUUGCUCCUCAGCGUGGAGGAAGUUCUCCGCAGCCUAGAGACCGUUUCGAACACUGAAGUCUGUGACUCCAAUUUGCAGCCCAGCUUGGAAGCAAACAUGACUAACGGCCCUUUCCUGCAGCUUUCUCCCCCACCUCUCAGCCAUAACAUUUUCAUGCCCACAGACGCGUCUCCUCACGGCAUCUCCUGCACGGCGGCGACGCCCAAGGUUGUCAAGUUAAACAGAAAGCGAUCUCGGUCAGAAAGCGACAGCGAGAAGGUUCAGCCUCUGCCCAUUUCCAGCAUCAUCUGCGGCCCGACGCUGGGAGCGUCGGCUCCCGUCACAGUCAAACAGGAAAACAAACUGUCCUUGCAGCCUAUCGCGACCGUCCCCAACGGAGGCACGGCUCCCAAAAUAAGCAAAACUGUGCUCCUGUCUAACAAAAGCAUGAAGAAGAAUCUAGAACACGCCCCUAAGAAAUCCCACCCGAAAGCCAAACCGGGGGUGCUCAAAACAAAAGACAAGGCAAAGGAGAAAGUUCCCAGCAGUAACGUCAUGCCAGGAAGCCCGACAAAAACUGUGUACAAAAAGCCCCAAGAGAAGAAAGGGUGUAAAUGUGGUCGUGCCACCCAAAAUCCAAGUGUUCUUACGUGCCGCGGCCAGCGCUGCCCCUGCUACUCCAACCGCAAAGCCUGCCUUGACUGCAUAUGCCGCGGCUGCCAAAACUCCUACAUGGCCAACGGGGAGAAGAAGCUGGAGGCGUUUGCAGUGCCAGAAAAGGCCCUGGAGCAGACUCGGCUGACGUUGGGCAUUAAUGUGACGAGCAUUGCGGUGCGCAAUGCCAGCACAAGCACCAGUGUAAUCAAUGUGACAGGGUCACCAGUAACGACGUUUUUAGCUGCCAGUACACAUGACGAUAAAAGUUUGGAUGAAGCUAUAGACAUGAGAUACGACUGUUGAGUCUUUUCUUUCUCUUUCCCUGCCAGCAGUAGGGGAACUGCUACAGUUUUAAGGCAGCUAUGGUUCUGUUUAACUUGCUGGAGCUCCUGCGUUUAGAUCACUUGUAUCAAGUGUUUUUCAUUGCUAUGUUAUGUGUAUUAGUGUCUGGGAAAUAGUUGCAGAUAAUGGAGGAGUUACCCUAAAACUGUUUUAGUUCUUACAGCACCUCAUAGUUUGAGAUCAAUUGCUGAUGUAAAUGAUUUUAUCACAAGACCUUUGGCAAGGAAUAUCUUAACCUCAUUGUACUUGGUCAUGCUUUGUGCUCAGUCAAAGCUUCCACUUCAGUGCAGGGAAGUGGUUUCUAGUUAGUCCAUCUGAACUGUGCCAGGUUAUGAUGCACAAGAGUCACUGUCAGUUCCUUACAGUCACCAUCACUAGUGAACCAGCCAGUAUUCCUGCAGGAAAUGCAGCAUCUCUGCAGUACUAGAGAACAGAGUCUGAAGGAGGCAGGUAAUGUCUGCCUGUGCGAGCUGGUUACCUGCUCUGUGGAACAGCUACACAGUAGCUACCCUGAGGCAGCUAACAGCCCAAAAAGCAGCCCAGCCUCUAGACAGGCUCAGGAAGAUCAGUUGGCUGCUGCUGACUCAGAUACACCAUUCCCAUUAAUACCAUGAUUGAUUUCUUUGUUUCCUGACAGUUUCACAGGUCACGUUCCUGGCCCCUACCACCCGACAUGCCAGUUGUUUGAUGUGUUACCAUUUUGUCCAGGGUGAAAAAACUACUUGGACACAAGGAGGGCCUGAGUUCUCUCACCACCAUUCUCUCCUCACCACCACCUCUUUUUCCCUUGUUUGGGUUUUUUUUGUUGGAGUUCCUGCUGUUCCUCCUAGACAAGAGAAGGGGCUUUGUGGCUUACAGAGUCCUCGGCUGAUUUCCGCUCCUUGCUGCCAGUCUGUGCCUGAGAGACACUGAGACUUCCAAGGCAGUCAUCAGCACUGGGGAGUGUGUGUGUGUUUGAUGCAGUAGACUUGGGCCCAUCCCCUUGGGGGUGAUCCUUUGCUGAUGGGCAUCUUUCAGCACAGGCAGAGGAUUGGCCGCUAUCUGUGGUCAAACGCCUUGGAUGUUUGUUAGAAUAAGCUGCAUAGCUCCAACCAGAAUUCAUCUGGUGGUUCCUCUAACACUUGGACGUAGCUUUUGAAGGUAGCUUUUCAGCCUGGGCUGAAAGGGCCUCAAGUGGCAAAAAUAACACAGAGUUGUCCAAGAGCUUAUCUGGGAAGGUGUUAAAGUGAAGGUGCCUUUGGAGGAGUUCAGAAGUGGUUCAUUUCGGUGCAGUCCCAGUUGAGUCCGAGCAGAAGACCUGAGUCUUACACUUAAGGCUUUGUUGGCGCCCUGAAAAAGUUGGGUUUGUCUGCGAAAGCAGAAGUGUCUCCUCUUUGAGUGAUCCAGCACAAAUUCACCAUGGGCUGACUAGAACACAAAUCCUGCUUUUAAAGGCAGUUCCAGCACGUCCAGCAGUCUGAGGCUUCUGAGUUCCUGUUGCCCUUCUCCCUUCCCGCGGUGUGCUCUGGCCUAACGUUAGGUGUCUCUUGAUUUGGCACAAAGCAUGUACAAUGAUGGUUCCUCACCUAAGAAAUAAGCAAAAACCUUUGGACACAAAUGGCACCUCCUUUUGUUUUGUAGUGUACCAUGGUGUCAUUUUCUGUGAAUGUGGUCGGAUCUUUUUGUUGGUUUUGGUUCGUUUCUCCCCCCGUCUUUUUCGUGGGGUGGGUAGGGUGGGGGGUUAAAGCCAUAGGAAGAAAAAUGUGAUGUAUGUGUCCAGUCUGUACCUUUUGUUUUUGUUUUUGUUUUGCAAGAAGAGUUGAAAAAUAUUUUUGAUAAUGAGUAAAUGGUGGAAAAUG